CUUCCGACUUUCCCCAUUCAUUUCUCUCUCACUCAGAUAUAUAUACAUACAUACACACUCUCCCUAUACAUACACUCUACUCUCUCUCCGAAGAACUUGCAAUUUAUGUUUUGAUCCGAGUUAAAAACUGCUGUUUGCUACAAUCAGGCGAUUUGAUUUCACGUUUUCACGAUACCAGAGGCCGCAUUAAUUAUAAAUAGAUAGAAAGAUUUUGCAGGGAAAAAAGGUUUUCAAUUGAGAGGUUUUAGGGUUUGCUAAUUCACAAUAUACUGCUGUUGUAUAGGUAGAUUGGGGUUUUUAAUUUUGUUCAGUUCUGGUUGUUAAUAUGUUGGGAGCAGGAGUGCAGUUCAAUAAGAGUAAAAAUGGUGAAGAUCGAUUUUACAGCGCCGCUAGGGCUCGCCGGAGUCCGGAUUUUUUGCGGAGGGCUCAGGGUGACGUCACCUCCAGGCGGAGCCGCCGUGAUGAGCUGCCGCUGGAAAAGUCAAAGCCGGCGGCUCCGGCUUUGCAGCCGGUUCCAGAACCCUCGCCUUUGUGUAAUCUCGAGAGGUUUUUGGAAUCUGUUACGCCUUCCGUCCAAGCACAGUACUUAUCUAAGAUGACAAUAAGGGAUUGGAGAACGUGCAAUGUCGAGUUUCAGCCUUUUUUUGUGCUCGGUGAUUUAUGGGCGUCGUUCAAAGAAUGGAGUGCCUAUGGUGCCGGAGUGCCUUUGGUAUUGGAUGGAAGCGAGGGCGUGGUUCAGUAUUAUGUUCCCUAUUUGUCAGGAAUUCAAUUGUAUGCAGACCUAUCUAAGAGUACAGCAAAGUCAAGGAAACUUGGUGAAGAAAGUGACGGUGAAUACUCUAGGGAUUCUAGUAGUGAUGGAAGCAGUGAUGGCGAACAAGAUAGAGGGGGCUUUAAUUAUUCAAAUAAACAACUUACUUAUCUUCAAGAAGGCUUUUCUAGCGAUGAAGGUGAAUCCGAAAGUUCACGGAGUUGCUUGUUAUUUGACUACUUUGAACGUGACAAACCAUAUUGUAGGGAGCCUUUGGCGGACAAGAUAUCCGAUCUUGCUCGUAAAUUCCCAGAACUAAAAACACUCAGAAGUUGUGAUUUACUUCCAUCGAGUUGGAUUUCUGUGGCAUGGUACCCCAUUUACAGAAUACCAACGGGGCCAACUCUUAAAGAUUUGGAUGCUUCCUUUCUAACCUUUCAUUCUCUUCACACUCAUAUGACAGGAAAUGAAGCGAUGCAUCGGCCAAUUGUGACGUAUCCAUCUGAGAUUGACGGUGUUCCACAGAUUUCACUCCCAGUAUUCGGCCUUGCUUCGUAUAAAUAUAAAGAAUCGCUGUGGACCCCACCGAAUGUCGGGAAUCAGGGGCAGAUAGCGGAAUCUCUCUUGCAAGCUGCUGAUAAUUGGCUGAAUUUACUACAAGUCAAUCACCCCGAUUUCUCUUUCUUCUGCCGUAGAUAAAUUUUUAUUGUAGUGUUGUUUAAGUUAUGAGGCGAAACAUAAUUCUACCAAAAAAAAAAUAAAAAAAAUUGGUUGUAUAAGCUGUACGUGUGCGCUGAACUGAGCAUGCGACACUUUGGCUGGUGUAGAACUGUAAUAUACUAUUCUAAUGUCUGAGAAGUUGGUAGGGUUUCGGGCAUACUUGUAGAGAAAUUGCUGUUUGUUUUAACUAGUUGCACCGAUGUAUACUAAAAACUAUAUUAUCGGACUAAUAAUGAACCGAUGUUCUAUAUAUAGUUGCUGAGAAUUGUGUCCUCUCGUCA